AGCAAUCAUGCAGUGGAUAAAGACAAAGAAAAAGUGAGUCAUUCAGUUUAGUAAAUGCGUCCACCAGCAGCUGCGCCAGUCGCACCAGUCUCGGUAGUUCAUUAUCAUCACAAUACGUGACGCAAAAUUUGCUGUUUUUUCUUUUUGUUCUUAGAGUAGUACUGUAGCAAUCUCUCAAAAUGGACAACGACCCGAUGCGGGCGCUGGAACGCCAGAUAGAGGAGGUGGAGGAGGCGAAAAAGCAGAAGAAAAAUAAAAAGGACAAGAAGUCCAAGAGAGAAAAGCUGGAUUUGUCCAGGCUGCCAAAAGUGAAGCAACGACCUUUGGAGGAUAUGACCCUCGGGAAAAAGAACCCGAUUUUGAAAUUGAAAGAAUUAACCACCGAGGAAAAGAUUUUACUCGACGCUGAAAACGAACAGCUGAGGCUGGAAAGGGAAGAAGCCGCGGGUAAGGUUAUUCACAAGCCAAGCAUCACGAAUCUCUCCGCAGCGUCUAUCCUGACACUGCCCGGCGCUGGAGCGGGCAGCGCGAACAAUAAAUCCGGAGCGGAACUUAUGGAUGUGUCAGGAUCGUCGAAAUCGACAAAAUCGAAAAAUUUGUGAUGCAUAAAAUGUAGGGCACUGAAGGCCUGUAUUGGGGAGCAGGCAAAUGAGACCAACUGCAAGCCUGUUUAGGGGUAAGUAUACAAUGUGCUGCCAGAGUAGCACGACAGGAGGAGUCUUCUUUGCCCAAACAGCAUGACAGACUGGAUUUGGGUGCUCCCGAAAUUUGUCAUGCGCCACUUAAAAACUGAGGCUCCAACUGACAUCGAUUUUGUGCAUCGCAAAUAUUUCGAUUUUGUCAAUUUCGAUUCUGACACUUCCAUAGAACUACAACGAGCGAACGUGCUGGAUAUCGAUGACGAGGAGCAAGCUGCGGACUUGAACCCCAUUGAAAGGAUGUUGUUGCAGAAGGAAAAAAUCGUCCAGAAGUACCAACUGGGGCCGAAUACUACCAGUAAGGCAGCGGCAAGGACGACUGCGGCUUCCGGGAUGAACAAACACAAGGAUGGAACUACCAAUGUUGGUUAUUCAGAGGACGACGAUGCUGAUUUACUUGACGACGGCGGGGGUGCACCUCCAAAUGAAGAUGCAGCAGGAGUAGAAGGAGCUGCAGAGGAGCCCUUCAUCCCCGAGGAGGAGAAUGAUUACGAGGUGUACCGAAAACAGAACCAGGAGAAGAGUCUCAUCGACGAUCUGGCCGAGGAGAUUUUGAAGCGGAGGAUGCAGUUGCACAACGAAAAGGGGGAAAAGGUGAACAGGCAGCGGGAACUGGACGAGGAGUCGAUCGUAUCCCGUGCAAAAGUAUCGUACUCGUAUUGUAAUCCUUCAUUACAAAUCUUAAUCUUUUUUUCAAGGUAAAUCCGCAUCACAAAUUUCACUUCUCAUUCUGACGAAAUUUGUAAUGCAUUUAUGCGAGUGCGAUACCAUACUUUUGCAGUUCAUAGAUCGACUUGUCGCCGAUGAAGAAGGAGGAGCUGUUGAAGGCGAUUGACCGGAAAAACAAGCGCAGUCCGUCGCGGGAAAGGCAGCGGAGCCGGUCCAGGUCCUCGGAAAGGGGGCGACGGAGGAAACAACAACGGCGGGAUGCAGAUAGUCGGAAGAGAAAUGGAGGCACAACGCGUCCUCGGAGGGAUAACAAGUGGACCCACGACAAAUUUGGAGAUCUGGACAAAGAACCAGUGCGUGAGGAUUCAUCCGAGGAGAGCAGGAAGGACCGGAGGUCGCGUGACAGAAGUAGGAACGACUCCCGCGACCGAAGGAAGAAAGAUUUAUCUUCCAGGCAGGGUUUGCGAGAUGCUGUGCGCAGCCGGAGCAGGAAUCGAAAGAGUCGCAGCAGAAAUCCGAAAAAUUAUGAUCGGAGGCGGCGUUCUUGUAGCCGUAGCAGAAGUCCGAAAAAUAAUCAGAAAAGCCGCAGUCGCAGCGGCAAGAGGGCCGCGCCGCGCGAUCGUAGUCGCAGCCGAAGAAAGGACUCGAAAAACCGGCGUAAAAAUGACCAAAGCCGCGGGAGAAAAAUCAGGAACUCGAGGAGUAGAUCGCGGUCAAGGAACAAGAGAGAGAAAAACUCCAGACCCAGGCAGAGGGCAGCACCGGUGAAGAAGCCUCAGGGAAGCCACUUUGGUGUGGGCUACUUGAAUAGAAACGUGGGAUUUUUCGAGGGGACGAACGAAUCAUAACGAUGUUGGACAGGGGAUGUGGAAAGGAAGCCAUGUGAUUUUGGUAUUGUUGUUGACAAGUAGCAACACGUGUCAGGAAAAGAACGAACGAGCGACAAAAGAGUAGAAACCUCAUGAUCAACUGGAGACAUUCCCAACCGAACAGUGUUGAAAAGGC